AUGGCUGUCAAGGAGAGACUGUAUCCGGUGCAGCGCAUCGAGUCGCUACCAGACGACGAUGGGAAAUGUCUGGAUACCGUAAUCGUGGACGGCAACGAGGCCUUUGAGGAAGCCUUCCUAAAGGAACCACCUCGAAGAUUCGCAAGCGGCCAGCUGUGGCUCUUUGUCUUCUCCGCCGUUGGGUUCCUGUGCAGCACCAUGAAUGGCUAUGACGGCUCGCUCAUCAACAAUCUCCUCCAGAACCCUUGGUUCAAAGAAAAGUAUGGGGUUCAGAAUGACGGCUUAUGGGCUGGCAUCGUCUCGUCCAUGUACCAAAUCGGCGGCAUCGUCGCCCUACCGUUUGUCGGUCCCUGCGUGGACGGCUUUGGUCGAAGGGUUGGUAUGCUACUUGGUGCUGGACUGGUCGUCGUUGGUACUGUUAUUCAGGGCUUCUCGCACGCUCCCCCUCAAUUCAUGGGCGGUCGCUUCCUUCUCGGUUUUGGCGUCGCGAUUGCAUCGGCCGCUGGGCCAAUGUACGUUAUCGAGAUCAAUCAUCCCGCGUACCGCGGUGUGCUUGGAGCCAUGUACAACACCCUUUGGUUUAGCGGCUCCAUAAUGGCCGCUGGCGCAUCACGCGGCGCCCUGAACACCGGUGGCGAUUACUCCUGGCGUCUGAUCACUUGGCUCCAAGCUCUUUUCAGCGGUAUCAUCAUCUUGUCCUGCAUGUGGAUGCCCGAGUCGCCACGCUGGCUGUACGUCAACAACAAGAAGGACAAAGCCAGGGAGAUCCUCACGAAGUAUCACGGCCACGGCGACCCACAAUCGCCGUGGGUGGCCCUCCAGUUGCAUGAAUAUCAGGAGCUGCUCAACAUGGAUGGCGCCGACAAGCGCUGGUGGGACUACCGUGUUCUCUUCAACACGGGCGCCGCCCGAUACAGACUCCUCUGCAGCGUCUCCAUGUCGAUCUUUGGGCAAUGGGCAGGGAAUUCUGUCUUGAGUUACUUCCUCUCGUCUGUCCUCGACACUGCUGGGUACGAGAAUGAGAUUGAACAAGCCAACAUCACCCUAAUCAACAAUUGCCAGCAGUUCGCUUUUGCCAUCCUCGGCGCCACACUUGUCGACAGGGUCGGUCGCCGACCGUUGCUCCUCUUCUCCUUUUCUGCUUGCACGGUUGUCUGGCUUGGGAUGACAAUUGCAUCUUCUCAGUUCCAGGCCUCCUAUAGAGGGGACGAUGCGGAUGGCAAGGCAUUGUACGGCAACCACGCAGCAUCCAUGGCCGCCUUGGCCAUGAUCUUUGUGUUUGGCGCCGUCUAUUCCGUUGGUAUCACGCCUCUGCAAGCCUUGUAUCCCUGCGAGGUCCUGUCGUUUGAGAUGCGCGCAAAGGGAAUGGCCUUUUCGAAUCUCGCUGUCAACGCCGCGGGGAUGCUGAACCAAUAUGCCUGGCCCGUUUCCAUGGACAAGAUUGGGUGGAAGACGUAUAUUGUCUUUACGAUCUGGGAUGCUAUCCAGGUGGUGGUCGUAUAUCUACUGCUCCCAGAGACCAAGGGCCGCACUAUCCGUCUCGCGAUUGCCAAUCUCCCACAAUCACCACAAUUCUACGUCCACAUUGCACUCACCAUCCACCACUUCCACAUCAGGCCUCAUCAGCAAUCAUCGCCCGUCAUGGCCAUCACCGAGCGCUCUAUUCCCAAGGCACUGCUCUUCAAUCACGCCAACAUUGUCCUCAUCAUCUACACCGUGAGCCCCUUUGUUUUCCUGGAUUUGAGCGGCGUCAACGUCUCCUUUAUCGUCGCGAUAUUUCUCGGCCUCAGUCUCAUUGUCUUCCUGGCAUACCGUACGCUGGCCUGCCUUCGUAUCUGCGCAUCGAGAACGGACAAACUCGACAUUCUCUUUUAUCAGGACCGCAAGGGCAGCUUCGCGAUGACGGUCCUGGGAAGUGUGUGGGCCUUUGUGGCCUUGAUGAUCUUCAGCACCAGCGUGAUCGAUAUUAUACUCAAGGGUGAAAUUUAUAUCCGCUUCGGCAAGUGGGCCGACGUCGGUGGAAUCAUCACACAGUUCAUUUUCGGCGUCAUGAUCGUGGGGUCGCCUGUCACACUGGCGGGCUUGUUUGGCUGGGCUGUCACCACAGCGGUGCAAGGCCUGUGGAGGAUCAGCGCCCCCGCCGAGGGGAGGGAGGCGCUGAUGGGAGGAGAAGACGAGUGGGAUGAGUGGAAGGACAACCAGGGCUAA